AUGGUGAAAUGCAGUCACGAACGGGACUCUGCGUGCAUACCAACCUCGCACCACGGCAGCACGCUAGCGGCAGGGUGCGUGCUGGAGCUGGGUCUUGAACAGCUGGUAGAGUCGGGUGUCGAAACCGGACAGGGACGCCACGCUGGGCGCCAGGCAGAGGCGGCAGUGAAAAGAGCAGCAGCAAGACGACGGGUCAUGCUGGGUACCUAA